AUGGCAUUCACUCCAGGAGGUAGAGGAGGCCGUGGCGGCGCCCGUGGUGGCGCCCGUGGUGGAUUUGGCGGUGGAUUUGGCGGUGGUCGCGGAGGCGGUCGCGGAGGUAGCUUCGGCGGCCGUGGCGGUGCUCGUGGCGGUGCUCGAGGAGCUCCUCGCGGCGGUGCUCGCGGUGGUGCUCGUGGCGGCCGUGGUGGUGCUCGUGGCGGUCGCGGCGGCGCUGCUGGCGGUGCCAAGGUUAUCGUCGAGCCCCAUCGUCACAGCGGUGUCUUUAUUGGCCGUGGUAAGGAAGAUAUGCUCCUCACCAAGAACUUGGCCCCCGGUGAGACCGUUUACCGAGAGAAGCUAGUCUCUAUCGAAGAGCCCAACUCGGAUCCUAGCUUGCCUGCCACCAAGGUCGAGUACCGUGUCUGGAAUCCUUUCCGUUCUAAGUUGGCUGCCGGUAUUCUUGGUGGUCUUGACGAGCUGUUCAUUGCCCCCGGCAAGAAGGUUCUCUACUUGGGUGCUGCUUCAGGCACUUCUGUCUCUCACGUUGCCGACAUCGUUGGUCCUACCGGCACUGUUUAUGCUGUUGAGUUCAGUCACCGCCCUGGCCGUGAUCUCAUUUCUAUGGCCAAGAAGCGUCCUAAUGUUAUUCCUAUUGUCGAGGAUGCCCGUCACCCGCAAAAGUAUCGUAUGCUCGUUGGUAUGGUCGACUGUGUCUUUGCCGAUGUUGCUCAGCCUGACCAAGCCCGUAUUAUUGCCCUCAAUGCUCAUAUGUUCUUGAAGAACGGUGGCGGUGUUGUCAUCUCCAUCAAAGCCAACUGUAUCGACUCCACAGUUGAUGCUGAGACAGUAUUUGCCCGCGAGGUCCAAAAGCUGCGCGAGGAGCGUGUGAAACCCCUUGAACAAUUGACCUUGGAACCUUAUGAGCGUGACCACUGCAUCGUUGUUGGUCGUUACCAGCGUUCUGCUUAA